AUGUUCAGAUCAUCACAAAUAAGAUCAAUAAUACUACGCUCAAAGAAUUUACAAUUCAAAACCGAUCUACAUACAACACCAACAACUUUAAAUUUAUUCUCAAAAGCAAAAUCACUUCAAGGUUCACUUCCUCAAGAUCCAGAAACUCUUUUAAGACCAAGAUCAGCAAAACAAACAGCACCAACAAAUCCAGCAGAUAUAUUAACUCAAAAUGAUAUAUUAAUGUAUCUGCAAAAACCAUCAAAUUAUAUUGAAAGUAUUAAAUCAAAUGGAUUUCAUUUAUCUAAUCAAUUGUUUGUUGCUUCGCCUGAUCAAAAGGGAAAUAUUGUUGGAUUACUUUUAAUUGGGUCUGAAACUUUUGAAAUUAAACUUACUAAUAAAGAAGAACUGAAAAAUUGGUUUGAAGUGAAUAGUCAUAUAGUUACUUUCAAUCAACAAUUACUUAAUAUUUUUAAUAAGAUACAUCCCAAACCAGAAAUCCUCGUGAUGGGAUUAGGAAAAGAAUCACGUUUAUUAAGUGUUGAAAAUAAGAGAUUUUUCAAUGAAUUGGGGAUAAAUCUAGAAGUGAGUGAUUCUUUUAAUGGUGGACAAAUUUUUGAUUUAUUGAGUACUGAAAGACCUGGAGUUAUUGGUGCUUUAUUAUUACCUCCAAAUAUAUAA